GUUUCUAUAUUUCGGUCUUUCCUUUUCCUCAAUGACGAUGGGUGACAUGACAUUCGAAGAACUGGAAGAUUUAGUACAUUUUUCAGUCCACGAUUUACCAGGUCGAGGGUAUGCAGUCAUGGAAGAAAUCCGACGGCAAGGGAAACUCUGUGAUGUGACCCUGAAGGUUGGUGAACACAAAUUCAGCGCUCACAGGAUAGUACUGGCAGCUUCCAUUCCAUACUUCCACGCCAUGUUCACCAAUGACAUGGUGGAAUGUAAACAGGACGAGAUUGUCAUGCAGGGAAUGGAUCCUAGUGCUCUUGAAGCUCUGAUAAAUUUCGCUUACAACGGCCAUGUGGCAAUAGACCAGCAGAACGUCCAGGCCCUCUUAAUAGGGGCCAGUUUCCUACAGCUGCAGAAUGUCAAGGAUGCCUGUUGCUCUUUCCUUCAGGAGAGAUUGCACCCAAAAAACUGUUUGGGUGUGCGUCAGUUCGCGGAGACCAUGAUGUGCACCACGCUUUACGAUGCCGCCAACAGCUUUGUGCACCAACACUUUGUGGAGGUGUCCAUGUCGGAGGAGUUCCUGGGGCUUCGGCUGGAAGAGGUGCUGGAGCUGGUGGGCUGUGACGAGCUCAAUGUCAAAGCAGAGGAGCAGGUGUUCGAGGCAGUACUGGCGUGGGUGCGGCACGACAGGGAGGACCGGGAGGCUUAUCUCCCGGAGCUGCUGGCCAGGACGCGCCUGCCCCUGUGCCGGCCCCAGUUCCUGGCCGACUGCGUGCAACAGGAUGAACUGGUGCGCUGCUGUCACAAGUGCAGAGACCUAGUAGAUGAAGCUAAAGAUUAUCACCUCAUGCCCGAGCGUCGCCCGCACCUCUCGGCCUUUAAGACCCGACAGCGAUGCUGCACGUCCAUCGCCGGGCUCAUAUAUGCAGUGGGAGGACUCAACAGUGCAGGAGACUCGUUAAACGUGGUCGAGAUGUUUGACCCAAUCGGAAACUGCUGGGGCCGCUGCCAGCCAAUGGCCACGGCCCGAAGUCGAGUCGGCGUGGCCGUUGUCAAUGGGUUGCUUUAUGCCAUUGGUGGAUAUGAUGGCCAGUCACGGCUCAGCACAGUAGAAGUCUACAACCCAGAGACCGACACGUGGAGCAGAGUGUCUAGUAUGAAUAGUCAACGCAGUGCAAUGGGAACAGUAGUGGUCGAUGGACACAUAUAUGUUUGUGGAGGGUAUGAUGGCAAAUCCUCGUUAAAUUCUGUAGAAUGCUAUGCACCAGAGAGUGACCGGUGGACGGUGGUGACUGAGAUGAGUGCGAGUCGCAGUGCUGCUGGAGUGACCGUUUUUGAUGGGAGGAUAUUUGUGUCUGGCGGCCAUGAUGGUCUACAGAUCUUCAACACGGUGGAGUACUACAACCAGCACACAGCCCUGUGGCACCCUGUGGCGGCCAUGAUGAACAAGCGCUGUCGGCACGGCGCGGCGGCCCUGGGCAGCCAGCUCUACGUGGUGGGCGGCUACGACGGCUCGGGCUUCCUGAUGGGCGCGGAGGUGUACAGCUCGGUGGCGGACCAGUGGAGCCACUUGGUGCCCAUGAACACGCGCCGCAGCCGCGUCUCGCUGGUGGCCAACUGCGGCCGGCUCUACGCCGUGGGCGGCUACGACGGCCAGUCCAACCUGAACUCCGUGGAGAUGUACGACCCCGAGACCAACCGCUGGACGUUCAUGGCGCCGAUGGUGUGCCACGAGGGCGGGGUGGGGGUCGGCUGUAUACCUCUCAAGCCCGCUUAGCCCCGUCAAGUCCCGACCCUCACCUCCAAUUCGUAUCGUUUUUGUUUUGUUACCAUUAUUUUUCUUUUUUUUUCCUAAUGGGUGAUAGGACUUCCAAAAAUGCAUUCAUGAUUCAUGUUUUGCAUCUUAGGUACUACACUCUUGAGGCUUUACAACUGACUGUGUAAGCCUGGCAAACUCACUGAGCCUCAGCCAGCAGAGCCCAGUGGCCCGAUGGGAGCUUCCACAGAACAUACACAAGUACAUGUUUUUCACCAGGACGCGGUACGCUUUCAGCGGGAAAGCAUUUCAUUAUUUGUGUCCCUCCCGACGGGUCUCUUUGAAGAGAGAACAGAAGACAAGACGCGAAGGGAGAAGAGGAAAAAAGGGCCUAUAUUUGACUAGACUAAACUAGUGCAAGAGAGAGAGAGAGGUUUUGGGAGAGACAGGAGUCUGAGAAUGUAUUUGGUCUAGUGGCUUGACAGUUGUCCACAAUAUCAUGGGCACGUGAAUUUGGCACCCGACAUUCAGAAGACGUGUAGGUGAGAGAUCCCGGGCAUUUCAUAAUGAUUAUCUACAGUGAACAUUCAAAGCUGCUUAGCGUAGUCCAACCUGUCCACUGUGCUCUUAGCCAGAAAUGGAUCCCCACGUACUCUGUUUCAGUGAACACACUGCGUGUGUGUGUGUGUGUGUGUGUGUGUUGUGUGUGUGUUGUGUUGUGUGUGUGUGUUGUGUGUGUGUGUUGUGUGUGUGUGUUGUGUGUGUGUGUGUGUGUGUUGUGUGUGUGUUGUGUGUGUGUGUUGUGUGUGUGUGUGUUGUGUGUGUGUGUGUGUGUGUGUGUGUGUGUGUGUGUGUGUGUGUGUCAGUCAGAGAGCGUGAGCAUGAGUGAAUGUGUUUGUUUGUUUGUGUCUACGUAUCCUGUAUUUGUGUGACUGGGAGAAUGGGUGCUUAACUGGAAGCUUAAUUGUGUUUUUAAUAGGGAAGAGUAAAACCACUGAGGGUUGCUUUCAUGCAAAUCUAUUAUUUAUUGUUGGGAGAUCUGGAUCAUGUUUCAACGGUGUACAAUCACCACAGACAUGGAAGUGUAACUUACGUUCUUGAUACAUCAUUGGUGGUAUCAUAUCAGUUCUACAGGACUAUCCGCAGAAAUCAACCAGAAAAUGAGUAACAGUUGUGACGUCCACUUUAUGUGCCAUGUUGAAACUGUUUAACCAUUUUUGGGGAAAUGAUGAGUCCACCACUAUGACAUAAAAUAUUAAUGAUGAGUCAUUUGCCCUGUUCAUUGGUCGUGAAAAAAAUCUAUGACGGACUUUCCACAUCUCCUCUUCCAUAGCAAGGGUCAGUCCUUAAAUCCUUGCGACCUGAAAGAAAGGUUUGCAUGUCUCACAUGAUUUACCUCACGGGGGUCUGUCUCUUGGUAUGAGGACUUAACUGCUUCACUUGAUACCAAAAAGAAGAGGAGUGUGCAACUAGCCCAAUGAGCUAUUCUUGAAGACUUAUUGAACAGGCUGGGAGUGUUUCAUAUAACUUGUUCUUAUAAUUGUGGCCCAAAGCUUCCAUGUCAUUUUAGUAGGAGAGUUUUGAGAGUAAUUGAAUGAAUGAAAACUGCUCUGCUUCCUGGAUUCAUUCCCAUACAUUUACUUUCUAUACAUUUUGUUGAGAGGAACAGCAACAUGAAAUCGUGGGAUAAUGUACUGUGAAUUUUGAAUAUAGAUACUUUUUUGCCAUCUGUGUUUUUUCUGCUGAUAUUAUUGUAAGAUGAUGUUUUUUGUAUUAACUUCCAGUCCUGGUGCAGUAUUUUUACUACCCUAGGUUUUUGGUACUGGACCAUAGAUUUUAUUUAUUAUUUGUUGUACUUUGCUUUAUAUGGUUUUGCACAUAAUGGUUUGAAAAAAGUAACUCUUUUUUAAUAUGGCUUCUAAGUAUUGCUUUUUCUAAUCUUGAGGACUGUCUUCUGAUCAGUGGAGUGGUGAUUUCUCACCUUUCUUUCUUUCUUUCUUACAUCUGUCAUGUUGUCUUAAGCUACUACCUCUGUUCUGAGAUGGGAGGUCAUGUUCGGGGAAAUUUGCCUGCUAAAAUCAAAACCGAAAUCCUCAGCCAGGUUUUACUGACACAAUUAAGGCAUCUUUCCUUGACGUCUGUUCUUAAAUCAUGGUGUGUUGAAGGAAAAUUAAAUUGUCAUAUUUUGUUCUCAGUUCCUCUACACUCAUAGAUGGACUGUGCGUCAUGUACAAAAAAAAGAAAAUGCCUUGUCAAAAAUAAUAAACUAAAUAAAUAAUGUUGUUGCCUAUAUCUUUCUCUGAAGUUGAUAGUUUAGGAGAUUCACACCUACUUCUAAAGUGCUGCAUCAGAGAAUUUGGAUAAUUUGGGAUCGUUUGGAUCCCGCCCUUCAACAUAAUUAUGGCCCUGGUGGCCCACUGUGGGCUUAUGCAGGUAUUUCAAGAGCCACUUCAGGGCAAAUGCUCACAUUCACAUCACUGAGGCUACACUGAAACCAUGAGAGGAGCCCUGCCACUGCCUUUGAUGAUCGCCGUGGUCUUUAUACUUACACAGUGUGCUCAAGUGCACAGGACUGCAAAUGGUCAACCCAUCAUGUCUGAGAUGGCUCCUUCAGGGAUUGUAUCAAAGCUUGAGGAGAGAAGUAUUGUCCUGGGUGCAACAGCAAAGGACUGGAAAACUCCCUUCAUGAGCUUUGUGUUUCGUAGGAGAAGAUCUUCCAUCUCCAGAAAGCCAUUUUGUGCAGGUUGCUUCUCGGUCAUCGGAGAUCCAACAACAACGCGUCAGUAAUCAAGGACCCUCAUUAGUGUUUUGUGGUGAUUUCAGCUGAGGGAAGUGUUCAAACUUAACAUGCGCCCUCAUAUGGUUAAUGUCUGUUGUUUUUUAUGAUUUCUCCCUAAUUCACCUAAAGACCAACCCUGACCAUUUUGAAACACAUUCCCCGUUCUCCCACUCCUACAGUGAAACCAGUGCUGGGGCUGUGCUGUUAUUAAAUUUCACCACAGUUACCUCACCUGGCAGCCUUGAUUCCGCUAGGCCAUGUUUUAAGUGAUGAGUAUAGGCGUGAGGGGUGAUUUUACAGCCAGGUGAUUACAGCCCCAGCAUGUCAUUAGCUUCUACUAUAGAAUUAUCCUAUUACCGAGCCAACCGCCCUCACGUCACAGCCCUCCUACUGCGUCAUGAUGACUCUGAGACACAGCUGGGCCGGUGGGUUGCUCCGUCAAGAAGAAAUGGAGAUCCUUUUGGAAAUGGACCCUUCAGCUCCUUCCAUCAUUAUGAAGUUGCAGCAUAAAUAUGAACAUCUUCUUCACAGAUUUCACAGAAGUCCGGGUCUGUCUAAGUAAAAGACAUUACAGAUCACCCCCAGUUGGGCGCUGAAAGGUUUUUUUU